GGCUGACAGCUAUUAUUUACUGCCUGCAACCUCAAUAACAUCCGAAUGAAAUAUUCACAGAAGUUAGGACCAGUAGAAGUGCAGGUUAUUCCACGAUCACAGCCAACAGCUGGAGACUCGUAAAGGCGUCGAAUUAAGGCAGCAAUUAUUCAAUCACAAGAUAAUGCAAAUACAAUAUUUGUUUAUAAUCCUUGUAAAGCCAGCCAACCAGCAAUCCCACGAUGAAGUCACGAAAUCUUUCGCCGUCUCUCGGGUGUCUCUUCAUUCCAUCUUUCACAUCGGCAGAAAUUUUGCGCUGGAAAAUAUAUUCCAGACAGAUCCAGUACAAAAUUCGACAACACUAAAUUCGUGUCUAAGAAUCAAAUUACGCAAAUCGGCCAAUAUAAUAAACUCGAUCCGAAGAAAAGUCAAGAAGCCGGAAAAUCACCCGGGCAGAAAGCGCGCGAAGCUCGAUCAAAAAUUCCGGCGAAGGCCCGGGACUGGAGAUUGUAGUUAGCACUCAGAUCUCCUCGGUAAUCCAACAUGGCGGUUCAAAUUGAUCGAAAAGCUACGGAAGAAUUGUUGCCUUUUCUCUCGUUAGAUGCCCGCGGAGACGUUAAAGCACUGGCUUUGGAUUACAUCCUGGGUCUUUCUGGUUCUGAAAGCGGCAAAAAAUUUCUCCAUGAAAACGAAGAGUACUUGAGGCGCCUCCUCAAUCUGACCAGAGACUCAAACUCGAACAUUUGUAGAGAUGCUUACUCCGCUUUGGUGAAUUUAUCAGCGGAACUAGUUACAUCGGAGAAACUUCUCAAAUACAACAUCGUUCAACCAUUUUUAAGCUACGCCCUCAAUCAAACCAGUGAGCACGCGGACAAGGUUGCCAUGAUUCUCUCCAAUGUGACAAGAACUGAAAGUGGAUCGACCGAGGUUUUGAAGGUUACAAAAAGCUCGGAGGAUUGUAGUUUGUACAGGAUCGUGGAAGUUUUGUGCAAGGAGAACUACAAUCCACACGCUAAAUUGAACUAUCUUGCGACAUUUAUUUCGAAUUUGACGCAGGUGCAAGAAUCACGGGAUUAUAUUUUGGACAAAGAUCGUUGUGUUAUUCAACGUCUUCUGCCCUUCACCACCUAUAGUGGUUCUCUUGUGAAGCGAGCAGGAAUCGUAGGAGUACUUAAAAACUGCUGCUUCGAGACAAGUGAGUUAUAGUGGUCAUUUACUGGUCAAGAUUUGUGCACUAGUCACUACAAGGCCCUUCCCGGUCCAGGGAAACAUGAAACAGCUGGGAAAUGCCCCCCGUCUGUGUAAAUGUUGUCUCACGCAUACCUGUGCCCAGUGG